AUGUGGAAGAUCCUGGUUUCCACUGCAGCCUUCUGCUCCCUCUCAGCGGCGGCAUAUUCCCCUCUCGUUGUCAAGAAUUUAAACACCCAUCAGCCAAUAGGCAAUCCUGCUGGUCAGACAAACUACUAUCGUAUCCAAUUCGAUGUGACAUCUUCGAACGGUGGAGACGGCUCAUCGACGACUUGCCAGGCAUCCUGGGGAGACAAUUCAUGGCUUGAAUCGGAGCCCUACAGUAUGGCUGUACCUACAGGCAAAUGGAUAGCUUGCGGAGCCAACGACUUUCGGUUCCAACUCUUCCCCUACUUUAGCAUUGGAAACUUCAGUCUUGCAGUUCAGCAAAACUUUACUGACGCAACCCAAGAGAUUUUCGCAACCGCAAAAACGCACAUGAGCAAUUCGACAUCAUCGCUCAGUUGUGACAUCAAUCCGCAGGAAGUCAUGUAUCAGCAGCACGCACACGGUGAUUGCAACAUGGCCAGCAACGGCAGUGUCUCGCUCGAGGUCGAGGCGGAGGCGUGUACUUCACGCGAUGCUACGACAAUCUUCGAAGUCAGUGGUUCGUUCGACAAUGGUCCAGAGGACAUUGUCCUUGUCGGCAGUAUCCCCGAACUCGGCGAUUGGUCUCCCACUCAAGCAGUGUCAAUGUCGGUCACGAAUCCACAAAGCGCAGGAGUCCCAACGUUUGGCGCUAGAAUCUCGAUUGCUGAGGGCACGAGUUUCGAGUACAAGUACAUUAUGCGGGAAACUGAUGGCUCUGGAGCGACGUGGGAAUGUUGUGAGAACCGGGCGUAUACGGUUGCUGCCAAUUCUGCGUGCAGCGAGAUCAGUGUUGGAUCGGACUGGUUUAGGGUUGGUGGUGAUGCAGUCCAGGGAUAG